GCCGGAAUCCGGAUGUCAUCAUCUUUGCUUUUGUCUCAGCAUCCAGCCGAUAGUCUCCCACCCACCAACCAACCCAGCGGUUAUUUUACUUCAUAAACACACCAAGAAUGUCGGGGUCCUCCAACCUGGUAGCCAUGAAAAAAGUGGUACAGCAGCUCCGUUUCGAGGCGAGCAUAAACAGAGUGAAGGUUUCCCAGGCAGCUGCAGACCUACAACAGUUUUGCAUGCAGAAUGCCUUGCAGGACCCUCUGCUCACCGGUGUGUCCUCCAGCACCAACCCCUUCAGACCACAGAAGGUCUGCUCCUUCUUGUGAAACUACUGCAUUCAUUGGCCUUCAUUUUGAUGCUACAGGGAAAAGUUGACCUCAACACUGCUCCUCAUGCCAAGCCAUUAUACUGCCACGGGAUCUCUCAAGUGUAGAACACAUUGGAGUCAUGUCAGGAAGAAGAUCAUCUAUUUUCAGCCACAGUCAUAGUAAAGAAAGGAGACAGUUUUAUUUUUCAUGGCACAGUGUGAUUUUUGAGUAAAUUAUUGUGCCUUUUCUAUUCUAUUUUAGUCAUCACUGUUCUGGACUUUUUUGUAUUUAAUGAAUAAAAACAUUCUUUACUACUCCAA